AUGGGCAGCAUUGAGAAUAACCGAACACGGCCAGAAUUCCGCCAAUUGCCUUUGCGGAGUGGCGACCCAAAGUAUUCAGCAUGGGGUCUCUGGGGCGAGAAUGAUGAGUUGGGAACACUCAAUCUUCUGACACCUGCCAUCGUCAAAGAUGCCUCCAAGGAGAUUAUUACUGGCACGCAGAUUGUUCUCAAUCUAUCUGUUGAUGCAUUCAGCCAACCUAUGAAUCCGGUGAGGAAGCCAUGCAGUCAUAGAAUCAUUGCUAAAGGUCAUGCCAAUGACGAUGAGCUCGACAUGAACACCCAAGGGUCCAGUCACUGGGAUGGCCUACGACAUUACCCGUACCAAGACAGUCUGCUGUACUACAAUGGGGUGACUCAAGAUGAUAUCUCGGGAUCUAACCCUAAGACAAAGAUUGGCAUCCAAAACCUUUCGAAGCGAGGUAUCGUCGGACGAGGAGUACUGCUAGAUUGGGCUACAUAUGCCGACGACAUGUGCAUCAACACAACAUCCCCAUUUGAGUCUUUCAAAAUCCCCCUCUCGCAAUUAAAAGCAGUCGCUUCACAACAAGGAACCACCUUUUGCAGCGGCGAUAUCCUCUUUAUCCGCACCGGAUGGUUGAAGGCGUAUCGGAGCCUAAGCCUUGAAGAGCAAGCCGCACUACCUCACAGAAAAGCGCGGACAUCUUGUGGCGUAGAGGCAUCUGAAGAGAUGAUGGAAUGGCAUUGGGAGAACCAAUUCGCUGCUGUCGCAAGUGACACAGUGGCCUAUGAGGCUUGGCCCAGUCGUCGGCCAGCUGGUGUCGCCCUCCACGAGGUGUUUCUUAGUGGCUGGGGUAUGCCUAUUGGCGAAAGUUUUGAUCUGGAGAGAUUGGCUGAAAAGUGUAAAGAGAAUAGCCGUUGGUCGUUCUUCUUGACGAGUGUUCCUCUUGACAUACCAGGUGGUGUUGCAAGCCCACCAGGUGCUAUAGCGAUACUAUAA